AUGGCCAGUCAGACCCUGGAGGACGCUGCCGUCACCGCCUCUCCUCUUCUUGAGGAGAAGCCCAAAAGCAAAGGCCUUUUUCAGCUGGGUUCCCUUUUCCACAACCGGAGUGAAAGGUUUGUCAUCUCCAGGAGCGACAGCAUGCCGAACGAGAACGUGCUGAAGAUCACCAUCACGGAAACCACCGUCAUCGAGUCGGACUUGGGCAUCUGGAACUCCCAUGCGCUCAUCUACCUCAGCUUGUGGUUCUUCUUCAGCUUUUGCACUCUUUUUCUUAAUAAAUAUAUUCUUACGCUGCUGGAGGGGGAGCCAAGCAUGCUGGGUGCCGUCCAAAUGCUCUCCACCACCUUCAUCGGCUGCAUGAAGAUGUUUGUCCCCUGUUGUUUGUACCAGCACAAAACACGUCUCACCUACCCUCCCAACUUUAUCAUGAUCAUGCUGUUUGUUGGGCUCAUGAGGUUCUCAACUGUGGUUUUAGGCCUGGUCAGCCUGAAGAAUGUUGCUGUUUCUUUUGCCGAGACAGUAAAAAGCUCCGCGCCCAUUUUUACUGUUAUUAUGUCCCGCAUGAUUUUAGGAGAAUACACUGGAUUACUAGUGAACCUUUCUCUCAUUCCGGUCAUGGGAGGACUUGCUUUGUGUACAGCCACUGAACUGAGCUUCAAUAUCCUUGGCUUCUCCGCGGCUAUGUCCACAAACAUUAUGGACUGCUUGCAAAAUGUUUUCUCCAAAAAACUACUAAGCGGAGACAAGUACCGAUUCUCAGCACCGGAACUUCAGUUCUACACCAGCACGGCUGCAGUGAUCAUGCUUAUUCCAGCGUGGAUAUUUUUUAUGGAUGUGCCAGUCAUUGGGAAAAGCGGAAGGAGCUUCCGUUACAAUCAAGAUAUCAUUGUGCUGCUCCUGAUAGAUGGAGUCCUCUUUCAUCUUCAGAGUGUGACUGCUUAUGCCUUGAUGGGCAAGAUUUCGCCAGUGACUUUUAGUGUCGCCAGUACGGUGAAGCACGCGCUGUCCAUCUGGCUAAGUAUUAUUGUGUUCGGUAACAAAAUCACCAGCCUCUCAGCCAUCGGGAUAGUUCUGGUGACGCUUGGGGUCCUGCUGUACAACAAAGCGAAGCAACACCAGCAAGAAACAAUCCAGGGACUGGCAGCGGCAUCGACUUACCAGCCUCCCCAGGGCAAGAACGAAGACGCCGAGCCCCUGAUUCCUACGGACUUACAACCAUACGAAUGA